AUGGCUUCCAACCGCCCUUUCGACGGCCAGGGGCUCCUCCACGCCGCGUACGUCACCCACCUGAAAGCCUGGCUCGGCUCGCGAACCUGGACGGCCUCCAUGCUGCGCACCAAGCUCGGCCCAGACAUGGAAGCCCAGCAGGCCCAUGACGGGUGCCGCCAGCCCGUCGAGAUGGCCAUGCGGCUCGCGUACCACGUCCACGCGCACAUGCUGCAGGGCGGGCAGGCAGCAGCGGCCGGUAGCGGCGGCGCUGGGCUCCGCGCUCUAUCAGAGAACGCGGAGAGGAGCGCCUGGCGCGAAGUGCUGGACGAGGCGAACCUGUGGCUUCUCGACAAGAGGCCCCGGCUGCGGGAGAUGCGUAGCGAUAUGGCAGUGCGGGCGGUGGACUUUUUGACUGAGUUUGAUAGGUUUGCGAAGGAGGAGAGGCUUACGGAGAGGCGGGUUGUUGUGAUGAACUGUCCUGCACAGGGGGCGUGGUCACAGCAGAGGCUUGAUUAA